AUGCUGGCCCUCUGCCUGGCCCUGCGGCGGAAACACUCCCUCGCAGCCGUCACAAACGACAUCUUCACGCGCGAAGACGCCGAGUUCCUCACGCGCCACGCCGCCCUCCCGCCGCAGCGCAUCCGCGCCAUCGAGACGGGCGGCUGUCCGCACGCCGCUGUCCGCGAGGACAUUUCCACCAACCUCGCCGCCCUGGAGGACCUGCACGGCCAGUUCUCCACGGACCUGCUGCUCAUUGAGUCUGGCGGCGACAACCUGGCCGCCAAUUACUCCCGCGAGCUGGCCGACUUCAUCAUCUACGUGAUUGACGUCAGUGGUGGUGACAAGGUUCCCAGGAAGGGCGGCCCGGGGAUUACGCAGAGUGAUUUGCUGGUGGUGAACAAGACGGAUCUGGCCGAGGCUGUGGGCGCGGAUCUGGGUGUCAUGGAGCGGGAUGCGAGGAAGAUGAGGGAGGGGGGCCCGACCGUCUUCGCACAGGUCAAGAAGGACAUUGGCGUGGACCACAUUGUGAAUCUGAUCUUGAGCGCCUGGAAGGCCAGUGGUGCCGAGGAGGAGAGGGUGCAGCAGGGAGGGCCGAGGCCGACCCCUGGCCUGGAUGACUUGGAGAAGAAGUAA